AUGGCCAAAGCUUUCGAUGAUUUUAAAAUGGCGGAGAAAUUUGAAUCAAUGCCACUUUUACAUCAAACCAUACAAAGAAGGAUUGUUGCUAUGGGUGAGCAAGUAGAAAAAUCUAUGCUUAGCCUGGUUAAGAAAAGUUCAUAUUUCUUAUUUUGUUUGGAUAAAAGCACUAAUCAAACCAAUGUUAGUCAGCUGUUAAUAUUUGUGCGCACUACUUUUGAUAAUUUUACCAGUAAAGAAGAGUUAUUUGUCCUCUUUAUGGAACAAAAAAAGGAAAAGACAUCUUUGAGGCUGCGUAGAAAACAGUUGGCAGAAUUAGAGGCUUUGAUAAAUGUUCAGCCAUAG